UAUUUUCCUUAUAGUAAAAGUAUUUUGAUUAGAAUUAUCAUAAUAAAACUGACAUGGUUGACACAUCAGGAAAGUGUUUUAAGUGUUCAAAGAAGACUAACGUUUUGAAUCCCGGGUUGAUAUGUAACAAGUGCAAAAAAGUUUUCCAUGGAGAAUGUUUGAUUCCUCCGCUCGACAGUUUUCAAAUGAAAACGCUCGCCGAGGGGGGCUGGUUGUGCAAGAAAUGCUUCCGGAACGUGGAAAAGUCAACGCUAAAGGGUACUGCGGCAAAAAGGGAAAUAGUCGAGAACCAAAGGCAACUCGAUAUAAUCAAAGAGCUUAAAAGCCUCCUAGAACUGGCGGAGAUGAGCUUGGACGACCUGCUCGAGAGACAUAACAAGCUGAACAGGAUGAACAAAUUUUUGAACCAGGAAAAUCUCAUCCUCGCUAGGCGACUUGCUCAUUUAGACGGUAGUUACAAAAUGAAAGUGGAAUUUUUAGAAAAGAUCACACAAAGAAAGGCUCCGACGGUGAAAGUAGAUUACAUUCAAAAUGCUUUAAAAAUGGCCAGAGCCCGCGAUGAAAUGGCGGGGACCGGAGAGGAUAAUGUUACAAAAGAUUUCAACACAUUUGCAAAAUACGCUGGCCUGAAAAAAAAUGAAACAUGGGCUUUCAUACUACAAGGGAAGAUCAAAAAAAUGUCAAAAUCAUGGUUUACUCAUUUUGCCCUAUUUUUUAUUAUUAUUAUUUACACGUGCAUAGGGGCCGUUAUUUUUCAACUGUUAGAAGGAAAUAUUCCGCUAGAUGAACCGAUGGAUAAAGCGGCUUUGACAAAAGAGUUCUCGUCCAGAUUGGAUAACAAUACUAAAAAGUUCGGGUCAUUUAACAGCACCGAUCAAACAAACGAAUAUCAACAGAACGUAAUAAAAGAUAUGCAGGAAUUUGAGGCAAUCGUCCGUAAACGUCAUGCUUACGAAUCAAGAAUCGAACGAGGACCCGACGAACUUAACUGGGGAUUUUAUAGCAGCGCAUUUUUUUGCUGUACAGUUUACACAACUAUAGGCUAUGGAUUAAUAUAUCCCAUUACACCUUGGGGACAAAUCGCUGUCAUUAUUUAUGCGACCAUCGGAAUUCCGUUGUUCCUCAUCACUCUCGCCGAUUUUGGGGCACUUUUAACUCGUUCUCUAAAAUACAUCUGGAAUUUUCCCGGCAGAAGGUCCCGCAAGGAAAUGGUGGACAACAAUGAGCAAGAAAAACAAAUGGAAAGUAUAAACACAUCUGCCGACAAAGUGCCCAUAGUUGUAGCUAUGUCAGUCCUGCUAAUUUACCUCGUCGUUGGUGCUAUCUUUUUCGCAGUUGGGGAACCUUGGUCAUAUUUUGAUUCCAUGUAUUUCCUAUUCAUUUCAGUCACUACCGUCGGAUAUGGUGACUUCGUUCCACAAGUGAAUUGGUAUUUAUUUUUAUACAUGAUUUACCUGUACUUAGGCCUAGCAAUUGCAACUAUGGCUUUGAACGUCGUUCGGGAAACAAUGAUUCAUACCAUGGAUAAAACUAGUGCCAAAUUUGGACACACACUGGAUAUUUACAUUGAUGAAAUGAAUAUGUAGAUUAGAAAAGAGUGUUAACCAAGACCGAGUUGAAACCUGAACAAUCUGUUCCAAUUUGAUAAAAAUUAAAAAUACAGAUACAAAUAUUCUCCCCUUA